AGUCGCCGUGGGACACUGGCGAUAGUAACUCCCAACUAGGGACAUGUCCGUAACUCGUUCCUGACAGCGCCCGCGCGGAGGAUCCUUCAUCAAUAAAGAAUCCUUCCUGUGGAACGUGACGCGUGAAACUUCACACGGAUAAUAACACGGACUAAAUUUAAUCACGGAAAAUGAAGUUUUCCCAGUGCGUUGUAUUAUUGGUCGCUCUGUAUCUGGCCUCAGAAACUUGUCAAGCAAGUACUUUCGGUGAGAGGGUGAAAAACUUUUUUGGUAUUUUUGGUAACAAACCACCGUACGCCAUGGAAGAACCUGCACCUUGUUACUGUAGUUGCGGUCUGCGGAACGAAGAAAGCCGAAUAGUCGGUGGCCAGACUACUCGUAUGAAUGAAUUCCCAUGGAUGGCCAGGCUUUCGUAUUUGAACAAAUUCUACUGUGGUGGAACGUUGAUUAAUGAUCGCUACGUCCUGACCGCGGCUCACUGUGUCAAAGGGUUCAUGUGGUUCAUGAUCAAGGUCACGUUCGGUGAACACGACAGGUGUACCGAGAGAGGAGCUGAGACCAGAUACGUGGUCAGAGUGUUAACCGGUGAUUUCAGCUUCCUCAAUUUCGACAAUGACAUCGCGCUUUUACGGCUGAACGAAAGAGUGCCUCUCAGCGACACUAUAAGGCCAAUAUGUUUGCCAACAGAAAAAGAUAAGCAAUACGUUGGAACGAAAGCAAUCGCGUCCGGCUGGGGUACCUUGUACGAGGAUGGGAAGCCAUCUUGCCUGCUGCAGGAAGUCGAGGUACCGGUUAUGAGCCUUCAGGAUUGCCGUAACACAAGCUACAGUCCACGUAUGAUCUCUGAUAACAUGAUGUGCGCUGGAUAUCCUGAUGGGAAAAAGGAUUCUUGUCAGGGUGAUAGCGGAGGACCACUCAUAGCCGAACGCGAAGACAAGAAAUACGAACUCAUAGGUAUAGUAUCCUGGGGAAACGGAUGUGCUCGACCAGGAUACCCUGGCGUUUACACAAGAGUCACACGAUACAUAAACUGGAUAGUUUACCACUCGCGAGAGGGAUGUUUCUGUGAACAAAAUUAAGAUCAAUUGUUAUGUGUAAUAACGUGGAAAGCAAUAGAUUUUUCUGUAUUAUAUUAAUUAUUAUUAUGAAACAACAUUGAAUGGGGAUAAAUACAAGUUUCAUGGUGACGACAUUAUUGAUGAUAGACUUUGAGAUACAUAGGGACAUCAAGUCGAUUUUCUUCGGAUAUUAAUUAAUAUUUAGUUUCCAAAGUCAUUGAAAACGUAUUUUCUUAACAUAUUUUCAACAUUGCAACAAGUAAAUUAUAUAAUUUUUUUGGAUAUUGCUACUUGUAUUAAUAUUCAUGUAGAGACUAACUUCUACACAAGCAAAUGUUUAUUCUGCUUUUUGACAAAUCUUUUUCUAAGAGAAUAUGCUCAAAUGUAAGUAAUGUACGAAUUACUUCGCUAGGAAUUAUUUAAAUAGUAUUCAUAAAAUACUCAAACAUUCCCUGUACAUGAUCUUUCAUCUAAAAAAGAGGACUAAUUACAAUUAUUACGAAUUAAAAGAUCAUUUGAGUGUCACACGAUCUGCUCAAAUAUAAAGAAAAAUUAUAAUCAUUUUAAAAAUGAAGUAAUAUGCUCAAUGACAAGAUAGUCAAUAAACGUUUCUAUUAUACAAAUUAUACAACAAUUAUCAAUACACUUUAUUUCAUCCUAAUAACAAUUUAAAAUCUAUAACACUUUAAAUAUACAAAUAAUUCAACAAACAUGAUAAAGCAUAUUUAGGCAAUUAAAAGGAUCGAGACAACAAAUAAUGCGAAGAUUGUAAUUUACAAUACAAAUGGGUUAACUUCCUGUCGAUUGAGCCCAUCAAUCGGAAAGAGAAUUUCUAUUCUUCGAAUAAGAAAUCGUACGAGUCAAUUUCUAUUAUAUGUACUGCCUCCAUUAGAUUCAUAUAAAGAUAAUUCUACUGUACUCUUAAACUUCCGAAAUUCACAAAAAGCAGAGUUGAUCAGUAUAAUCAAUCAAUACGACUCAACCAUAGCCUAUUUCAAAUCAAUAGAAACGAUUACGCUCUCUCGACAAAUCUCUGCGUAGAAGGAUAAGUCGACGCGUAUUGAGCCUUCAAGUCGAAGCAAAUACAAAUCAAAGCUUACGAUCGGGAUACUAUAUGUGUCAAACGUACAUGUACCAUUUCCAUGGAUUGGUCCAUCAUACGAUGCCUGAAAUAGCCUAACGGUACUGUACUAACCGGUUAUAAACCGGUUAUAAUUCAAACGAAAACGAAACAAGCAAAAACAAGAUCGGCAUCCUUUGGUCGAUACCGAGGAACCACUCGUUAGUACGUUCGACAUUGAGGAAAAAGCGUUGUAUAUUUUUCAAGAUGCGGGCAACGGUAAUCCCGCUAUACAAGACAAACCAAUCGUUUAACCGGGACCAGUAUCGUUCCGACAGCCGAGAGAAAAGUCAUGAAGCUGCAAAACUUCCUCAAAUAUAUCCUUUGUGGUUUGCUGUUGGUGCUCACUUCGAGGUUCAUUCACUGCAAUAAAUUUAAUUCAUCCGUAAGCAAUCUUACAAUAAUUUAGAUAGAAAAUUAUUACGAGUACUAUACUUUUAAUAUUUUAUAUAUUUUGAUAUAUUACGCGCAUUCUGUGCAUUUUUGUACCUUUAAAUAUCCCACAAAUACAUAAAAGUCUGCA